AUGUUUGACUGGCGGCCAUUUUUGUUUGGUGGUCUUGCUUCGAGUGUUGCCGAAUUGGCAACAUUUCCAAUUGAUCUGACAAAAACUCGCCUACAAAUUCAAGGACAGAUAUUUGAUAAUCCUAGCCAACAAUUAAAAUAUGCUCAAAAAAAAUAUACAAAUAUGUUUCAAGCAGCUUAUCGCAUUGGUCGAGAAGAAGGUGUACGGAUGCUUUAUUCAGGUGUUUCAGCAGCUUUAUUACGUCAAGCAACUUAUGGAACAAUCAAAAUUGGUAUAUAUCAAAAAUUGAAACGUCUUUUUGCAGAUGAUAUUCAACAAGAAAAACUUUAUAUUAAUGUUUUAAAUGGCAUGUUUUCUGGUGCAUUAGCUAAUGGUAUAGCAAAUCCUACUGAUUUAUUAAAAGUAAGAUAA